AUCGAGGUCUCGAUCGAAAUUUGACUAUCCUUGAACGCCGAAAAAAUAUUUAAAAAUUAUAAAACUUGUGUGGCGACGCAGAAAACAUUACAAGUACUACUACAUAAUCACCUACUACACUAUUGUUGCUAUGUGCAAUCUUUGAACGAGUCUUAUUCAGAUUUUGGUAUAUUAUGCAGUGAUAUUGUUUUAAAGUGAGAUAUUUUACAAGAAGAGUUAAUAAACCAUACGAUGUGUUCAGAGGGUGUGAUCAACUAUAGUUCUUUGUAUUUUUCUUACCACUUACCCAGUCAGGGGUAUGGAAAACCCGGAAAUAAGGAUGUAUGCUGUUGAAAACAUAUUUCCUGUAGAAGGUUGGAUUUCCAGAAUGUGGCCAUCGGCGUUGCAGUCUCAGCAACAACAGCAGCAGCAUCAACAGCAGCAGCAGCAGCAACAGCAACAGUUGCAGCUGCAACAGCAAAAUCAACAACAGGCAGGAUUACGAACUCUAGGAAUGACCUCUGCAAUUAGCUUAGCUUUGCCAAAAGCUCUUGACUACCAAAAAACAGAAGAACUGAAAGAAACCCUUAAGCCUUACAAUGUAUUUGAAACUGAUGAAGAACUUAAUCAUCGGAUGGAAAUUUUAAGUAAAUUGAAUUCUUUAGUGAAAGAAUGGAUUUGUGAUGCAAGUGUAAAACGCAAUAUGCCUCUGAAUGUGGCAGAACAAGUUGGUGGUAAAAUUUACACAUUUGGAUCAUAUCGUUUGGGUGUCCAUCACAAAGGUGCCGACAUUGAUGCUUUGUGUGUAGCACCUAGACACAUUGAUCGAUCUGAUUAUUUUACAUCUUUCUUUGAUCUUCUGAAGCAGCAAAGAGAAGUGACUGAUCUACGUGCUGUGGAAGAGGCCUUUGUUCCUGUUAUUAAAAUGAAUUUUGAUGGAAUUGAGAUAGAUAUGCUGUUUGCAAGAUUGGCUUUGAAAGAAAUUCCUGACACUAUGGACUUGAGAGAUGACAAUCUAUUGAAAAAUCUUGAUCAGAAGUGUGUACGAAGUUUGAAUGGUUGUCGUGUGACAGAUGAAAUUUUGAGACUUGUUCCCAACAUUGAGAGUUUUCGCCUAGCCUUGAGGGCUAUAAAAUUGUGGGCCAAACGACAUGGCAUCUACAGUAAUGCUUUAGGAUAUUUAGGUGGCGUGUCUUGGGCCAUGCUUGUUGCUCGCACUUGCCAAUUAUAUCCCAAUGCAGUGGCAGCUACACUAGUGCAAAAGUUUUUCCUAGUCUUCUCACAGUGGAAGUGGCCUCAGCCAGUACUUUUGAAGCCACCUGAUAAUGUGAAUUUAGGUUUUCCUGUUUGGGAUCCAAGGGUUAAUGUUUCAGAUCGGUAUCAUUUGAUGCCAAUAAUUACACCUGCAUAUCCUCAGCAAAAUUCUACUUUUAAUGUGUCCAUUUCCACUAGAACUAUAAUGCAAGAGGAAUUUAAACAGGGUUUACAAAUGACUGAAGACAUUAUGAGUGGAAAAGCAAAUUGGGAUAAACUCUUUGAACCACCAAAUUUUUUCAGUAAAUACAAGCACUUUAUUGUAUUACUGGCUAGCUCAGCAACUGCUGAGGAUCAACUAGAAUGGUGUGGGCUUGUUGAGUCCAAGGUACGCCACUUAAUUGGGAAUUUAGAGCGAAACCAACAUAUAACUCUUGCCCAUGUCAACCCAGAAGGUUUCACUCCCAUAGACCCUGAACCCAAUAAAUUCUGCACUAUGUGGUUCAUUGGUUUGGUAUUUGCUAAGACUGAAAAUUUGAAUGUAAAUCUCACCUAUGACAUUCAGUCCUUCACAAAUUCAGUGCAUCGUCAAGCAGCAAUUAUAAAAAUGUUGAAAGAUGAUAUGAAAAUAGAAGCAAGACAUGUGAAGAAAAAACAGUUGCAUUUGUAUGUUUCCCCAAGUAUAUUAAAAAGAGAGAGGAAGUCAGUCGUUACUCCUACAAGUACUCCUCUUCAACAACGUAAUGGUGCAACCUUGGCUGCUGCUGUAGCAAUUGCAGAAGCUGAGGCAGUGACUGCUGCUGAUAUUGCCAUAGCAGGAGAUCACCAAGUACAAGCUGGCACUAAACGCCCUUCCACUUCCCCUGUACCAGAUUCAAUAAAGAAAAUAAAAAUGGGUUCUGAUGAUGGAUCAAAUCUGGGUGAUGACUCUCCCAGCAACUCUAUUGUUGUUCAUUGUGGUGAUGAUUCCAAUUCAGCUGAUGAUCAUGCUCUUGUUAGUGGUCGUCUGAAACUGGCGGAAGAAGCUCGUGUAUCACCUGAACCUGAAGCUGUAUCCAAAAAGGAACCAACAAAGGCUAAUUCUCUGCAUGAGGAAUAUGAGAGCAGCCUUGUAACUUCAAAACGUGAGUCGCUGAUGGGCAUCUAUGUACUUAGAGCAGUGUUAAUGGCUCUGUCAUUCAAGGCCCAAGAUAAAGCGUUCCAGACUUCACAUGCACAAUAAAUAUGUAGGUUAACAAAACUUGCGUAAUGCCAGAUUUAUACUUAGUUUCAAUAUUAGGCUAACAGGUCAAGAAAUUUUCUUACUUGUAAAACCUAUUGUUGUUAAUUAAAUUAAAUGUAUUUUGGUUUAAAAUUCUUCCUAUGAGAGGAAUCAAUUUGUGUUGUUGUUAGUGUUCAGAUUUGGUAAAAUAUGUGCCAGAGAUUGCAAAUUUAGCAGGAAAACAAAAAGCUGCCAAAUUUGUUAAUUGUAUAUGUAUAUAAUUCAAACACUUUUUAAUGAUUUAUAGAUAUUUAUUUACUUAAAAGUAAUGAAAGGAGUUGAUUUUCUGAAUAUGGUAUUAUUGCUAAUGUGUCUGUAAGAACCAUAGUAGUAUCCUACUCUUGUUUAUUAUGCUUGUUAUUGUGUGUUAAUUUAUUUUAAUAAUUAUAUAUUGUACAGUAGUUACAGAAGGCAUACUAUCAGAACAUUGUUCCAGGAACUAUGUGAUUGGUUUCUAUGUAUUUUACAUUACUAUCAGGUUUUUGUCAUAUUGUAGAUAGCCUUCAUGACUCCAUUGUUAUCUGCAUAUAUAAAAGGGUUGUAAAAUGGAUAUUUGAGAGAAGUCUGUAUGUAGAAUGUUUUAAACCAUAACUAGUGACUGUCAAGGUGCUUUGAAAACAGCAUUAAUUUCAAUAAUGAAUAAUUGACAUGUUGGCAUCCUUGGCAAAGUGUUAUGAACCUCAUUUCAAUUUCAUCGACCAGUUGGGAGAAUAUAUUGCAUGUGGUAACAGUAACAUAAAAUGUGAAGUCGUUGAUUUUAACCAAAUGUUUUGAGGCAGAAGGUGUGUAUAAAAUGAUAUUCCUAUAAUAUGAACAAACUCAAUGCCAUGAUAGUGAGUCUUCUGCAUUAGUAAUUCCACUUUGACUGGAGAAAAAAGUGUAAUGUGAUGAAAUGUCUUAGGAUUAGUCAAUUUUGACAAGUCAAACUGUUCACCAUUGUAUUCCACAUAGUUAUUCCUGUAUUAUGAAAAGUGUUUUCUGAAGAAUGCAGAAAUUCAUGAAACUUUGGAAUGACAGUUAUGGAACUUUUUUAAUUCUUCUGAUUGACAAUAAAAUUGUGUGAAAGCCACACAAUUUGAGAAAUGAUUUCGUAGAAGGGGUGUUUUUUUCCCCCCUUUAUGUUAAAAUUACUGCCAAUAUAAAUACAAGAAUAUCUUUCUUUUUGCAUUUUAGAAUUUUAAACUCCAGCCCUAUAUGGAAUUGAGUUAUUAUUUACUUAUGAUUAAUUUACCGUUUUCUUUUUUCCUUUCAUUCUUUCCUUGGUCUGUCACAUAAACUGAUUUUUUGAUCUUGAUAUUUGUCAUCCUUUUUCUUGGAAUCAUAUAAUGAAAAACAGCUUUGUAAUUAGUUGCGAUUUCUUCUGUAGUAAUUUUUAUGUUGCAAUUAAAUGUGACAUUCAAGUAAGUUUUGAUGAGCGUUAAUUAGUUGUGGAAAUAUGUCUAAUUGGUGAAUUUUCAAUGAAAAAAGAUCGUAACGAGUUGACAUAAUUGUUAUAAUUGCAAUGUUGAGUAUAAUUUAAAUGGAGUGUGGGAAUAAUCUGUAGUCCUUAGUAUCCAGAAAAAUACAAUGAAAUGUACAAAGUGUUCUCUAAUUGGUAUUUUCCAUAUUGUUAAAGAAUGAUAAAUAAUUUACCAAAAAUGUAUUACCAUGUGAUCACAGCUCUCAAUUUUUUUCUUGUAAUAAGAAUCCCAUAAUUUUUUUAUAUAUUUUCAGUUUUUUCAUGUUUGUAAGUAGUAUUGUUGAACAUGACAGGGAAAGGUUUACAUCCUUUAUUGUUUUGUGGUUUACAUUAUAAAGAAUAUUUUAUGAUUGUGAAAUCUUAAGUAAAUAACUACAUCUGUAAUUGUUUCAUAGGAUUUCAGUCUCCGUAGUUAUUCUUUGGUGCAUAUUCGUACCUAGUAUAAUUUGUAGAAUAUAUUUUUUUUAAAUUUUCAUUUAUUUGAAUCGUCGUGGAAUGUCUUCCCAAUUUUUCUUUGUUUUAAUGAACAAAGCCACCAAUGGAGGGUGAAGUAUAGGUGAAUUGAUGUAAUACUAAUCAUAAAUGCAUCUAUUAUGAUGUGCAUGUGAUGUAUUGUCCAUUUAUUGAAUUAUUUUGCUGAUAAGCAAUUCUUAAAAAGUCUUGUUAUAAGAGCCUAGGCGAGUUGGGAAUGAUUGUGGUGAACAAUUUGAUUGGAUUUAAACAUUUUUUGUAAAUGCUCAUGACACCUAAAGAGUGUAUUUUGCUGGGGUCUGUAUAACGUGUAGCAAGUUGUGUUCACAUUCCGACAAAGAAUGCUAAAUGUUUAGUUUGUUUUAUUAUCUGUAUUGUACUUGUGUAUUUCAGACUUAUUGAGCCAUGCUGAAGUAUACACAAUGCCAGUAUGUGUGUUUUUUAUAACUGUUCCCGAUUUGGAUGUCUCUUUUGUAAAUAAUGGUCACAUCACCUGCUGACUGUUGAAUUGCAUUGAAGGGAGCCUUGGAAGAGUUGGAACAGAUACGAUGAAUCUAUACACUGUGUGUAUCUUGUCAUCUUCGUAGGUUUUAAUGUUUGUUUCCCUUUCUAAUCUUUCUAUAUUAUUUAUAAGGUAAUUUGAAUACAAUUACUGUUCGUACUUUUUAUACCCUUGCAGCGUUUCAGAAAAAGUAGAAUAAAAUAAUAGCGUGGAAGCAACUUGCUCAUUCAUGGCGAACAAAAAGAGAUUGACAGUGUGAUUUGUGCAAUACAGUGUUUAACCGUUGUAAUGAUUAAUAAUGAUUCUCUGAGUAUGGUUCAGUCUUUACUUCCGAUAUAUAUUAAAAAAAAAAUAUAAAAAAAAAAAAAUUACAAAAACAAACACGAACUGUAAGUGAGCAUAUACACAGCUGAUGUUUAAUGUGUGUAGUUUCUUUAUACUCCUGCCAAGUAUUCUGGCUGUAGAGCGUAUCUCUUUAUAUUUUUGUAUUAAGCACCAAUAUAAAAGAAUUCUGAAAAUGAAUAUUGGUUUGUGUACUAUUUUGAGUAUUUACCGAGUAAAUUGUAUUGUAGUAUUGUCAUUAAUAAUAAGUAGAACAUUAGAAAGGAAAUUGAUUUACAUGUUGAAAGGAAGUCUGUUGUCCAUCGCCUCCCCUCCCCCCCCCAAGUUUUUUUUUCAAUUUCUUUUGAUAUUUUUACUAUAUGAUUUGUACAAACACAAUGAACAGCAGUGAAGUCAGUGCAAUUAAUUAUUUUGAUUGAUGCAGAGUUUGUGGGGUGGAAUGAAAUGAUUUGUUUAUUACCAUUGUGGUUAACAUGGUUGGGAUAGAAGAGUGAAAGUAUACACUCAAAUUGAUUGUGUAGAUGGAAGUACUUGCGUUGAAUCUAUACAUCAGAUUUUUAUCUUGAAGAUAAAAGAAUGUUGUUCAUUGUAAACAUUUCGUGUAAAAGUGUUUCACAUUAUUCAUUAUUUUCCGUCUCAGGUAUUUUUAACAAAAACCUUAAUUUAUUACUGUCAGGCGUUAUUGUAGUCAGAAUAGGAUAAUGACAUAGCUUUGCUGUAUUUGUGGAAUCACUGUGAUUUGCAAGGUGUCAAUCACUGUGAAUUAGUGGAAGAAUGCUUUUUUUUAUGAUACAUAGUUGUGUUAAGAAUGUGAUGAAUUUUAUAACUAAAAAAAUUAAUGCAAAUGUUACUUGUACUCAAAAGACCCUGUACCUGCAGGUUUAAAAGUUCAUAAAAAUGAAGUAAUGUUUAUUUGGGUACAAAAUGUAAGUAGUUAUCCAGGAAGUGGAAUGAUAUAAAAUUAUGCAAUUUAUUAAUCAUAAA